GAUGCGAACAUCUUCGAGGAGCGCACCGUGCUCGAACGAUUCGGGCGCAUCGCGCGUCGCUUCCACAAAGCACAAAAGGCAAAACGACAGCAGCAGCAGACGCAACAGGGGCACGGCCCUGACUACGACAGCACGGCUGAGCCGUUGCCGAUGGCUCUUGGCACAGAAGGUAUUCAGAGGACAUUGAUGGGGAGAACAAUGACUCUGGGGGAGGCAAUGAAGUACUUCGAGCGCGACUGGAAAGAACGAAAGCGCCGCGGCAAGAGGACGUGCGAGAGAGCAUUGCCAGCAUCUGUGGAGCUGGUACUUGUUCGCGAGCGCUGUCUAUUAUAUUCUCAUUCCUGGAAUGACGGAGCAGCCGAGCCUAAACUGACUCUGGCGAUUGGUUUUCCUGGUGGAGGUCGAGUUGCUCGCGAAAGAAUCGGGACGACACUCGGAAACUGUCGCGUCACGGAUGUGCCUAGACAACUUGAUCCGAAAACGCAUGAGGCUGAGCGGCUGCCUGGCUCGUCUCGCUCUUGCACGUGGAUGGGCCGAGCAUUAGUUCCACCAUUUCGUUGUAAAGGUGGAAAAGAUGAAAGAAAAAGACGACCGAACCCGGACGGCUCCACGCCGUUUCUUUUUUGUGAUGAGAUUGCUUUGUCGCAUUUUCGAAGGUUGGGG